UCGGUGGAACGGUUCCGCUUUUGUGGGAAGGCUGAGUGUGAGAAGAGAGGUCCCCGGCAGAGCUGUGUGGAAGCGACCUUAUUGUCUGACUGGGGCAGGGAGUGGGCAGGCAGAUUUAGUAGGGGUGAGCGUCUUCUGCUGGAGAGGUAACCUGGGAAAACGUGAGGCAGUGGGAUGAGGUGACUGUGGUUGCAGAUAGGGAGUGAAGUACGGCCAAAUGUCGAAGACUUUACAGAUCGUUGGAGGAAUCGUAUGAAGAACUUGUUUAGGGACACAGGACUACAGCUCCUCUCUUAUUUACAGUUAAGGAAAUGCGGGGACAGAGCACAAGAUAUUUCAUCUUUCCUUUUGCCUAUCUUCUUUGCCAGCAUGAAAAAGGAAGAUGCUGAAUGCCCUUAUGUAUUCUUGUGCCUCAUUCCUGUCCACCCCAAGAACACACAGGCAGUGACUCUUCCCCCAUCCUAUCCUGAGGAAAUUAAGGGCUGCUGGAUUUCAAGCAUCCUUUUGCAAUUGGAUGACUGUGUGGUUGACAGUGCAGGUAGAGCUGAAGGUGAAGGAGCAGGACCAGCAUGUUGCAGCAUGCAUAGGGAAGGAUACGCAGGGUUACUGUACUGUCAGCGGUGUGGGAGGGAAACAGGAAACGUGUAUCUUGGAGCCUGGCAAUGUGAACGCUUUGAUAUUUUCUUCAUUGAAAUAUUUGCAGCCUCUGGCUCUUACUAAGAGGAUGAGAACUCUAGGAAGUACCGUGGGGUGUAGAGAAGUUUGUAGGAAGCUGCAGGGUGUUCCCAAGAGUAGCAUCAGCACUGAAACUCCCUCUGUGUGUGCCAAAGCCAGUAGUUAGAAGCAAAUUCCUGCUUUGGUGCAUUUUGCUAUGACUGUUUUAAAAGCAACAAAAUGAAAUGGAAGCAGCUGUCUCGACUGCAGCGGAGUAUAAUUCUCUUCCUGUUUGCCUUCUUGGCAGUCUGUGGAGUCAUUUCAUUUACCAGCAUGGGGGAACCAUGGAAAAGUUUAACAAACAAAUCAUUGGAUGAGCAGAGAACAGAACCAGAAAUACCUGGAUUAAAGCUGGUGAAUCCAGCUGUUCUGCCAGCGCCACAGAAAGCAGACACCAACGUUGGAGACUACCCCAAACGUUCACCUCAGAAGCAGCCAAAAUUGCCUCACGUUCGGCGUAGUCCUUCCAAUCUUCAGAUCAAACCACCACGGAGGGAUGUGAGGCUGAAGACACGACAUGCAACCAGCAAGAUUGUAGAAGAGCUGGUCCAGGCUGAUAAAGAAGAGAAAACAGAGAAAUCUGUUAUCAGCUGGAGAGGAGCAGUGAUAGAACCUGACCAAAGCACUGAGCCUCCCUCUAGUAAAAUAAAGGAGCCAGAAAAACCUUCAUCUUUGGAAGCCGAAGGCCAGAAGGAACCAGUGCCCAUAAAUGAACGUCAGAUGGCUGUGAUAGAAGCAUUCCGCCAUGCAUGGAAAGGAUACAAGGAUUUCGCUUGGGGCCAUGAUGAACUGAAGCCUUUGUCCAAGUCUUACAGUGAGUGGUUUGGACUUGGGCUUACCUUAAUUGAUGCCUUGGAUACUAUGUGGAUUUUAGGCUUAAAAGAAGAGUUUGAAGAAGCAAGAAUAUGGGUAGCGAACGAUUUAGUCUUUGAUAAAAAUGUGGACGUGAACCUCUUUGAGAGCACAAUUCGUAUUCUUGGUGGCUUGCUGAGCACCUACCAUCUCUCUGGAGAUAGCCUCUUCCUGGAAAAAGCUAAAGACAUUGGGAAUAGGCUUAUGCCAGCAUUCAAGACCCCCUCCAAGAUACCCUAUUCUGAUGUCAACAUUGGUCGGGGCACUGCACAUCCACCUCGCUGGACAUCUGACAGCACUGUGGCAGAGGUGACCAGUAUUCAGCUGGAGUUCAGGGAGCUCUCUCGUCUUACUGGAGAUGAGAAAUUCCAGAAAGCUGUAGAUGAGGUGAUGAAGCAUGUUCACACGCUCUCAGGGAAAAAUGAUGGACUGGUGCCUAUGUUCAUAAACACCAAUAGCGGGCAGUUCACUCACUUGGGUGUCUAUACUCUGGGAGCCAGAGCUGACAGCUACUAUGAGUAUUUGCUCAAGCAGUGGAUUCAGGGUGGGAAAAAAGAAAAUGAACUGUUGGAAGACUAUAUGAGAGCCAUAGAAGGUGUGAAAAAGCAUCUUCUUCAGAGAUCACAACCCAAGAAGCUUACCUUUGUAGGAGAGCUUGCUCAUGGCCAUUUCAGUGCCAAGAUGGAUCACUUGGUUUGUUUUUUGCCUGGUACUUUGGCACUGGGAGCUCACAAUGGAUUGACUGCUGAUCAUAUGAAACUGGCCGAAGCCCUGAUAGAAACAUGUUACCAGAUGUAUGAGCAAGUAGAGACGGGCCUGAGUCCAGAGAUUGUGCACUUCAAUCUUCAUGCACAAAAGGGCCACAAAGAUGUGGAAAUCAAGCCUGCAGACAGGCAUAACUUACUGCGACCAGAAACUGUGGAAAGCCUUUUUUAUAUGUACAGAUUCACCGGAGAUAAGAAAUACCAAGACUGGGGCUGGGAAAUCUUGCAGAACUUCAAUAAAUACACACGGGUUCCUACAGGUGGUUAUACUUCCAUUAACAAUGUUCAGAAUCCCAGUAAUCCAGAGCCACGAGAUAAGAUGGAGAGCUUCUUCCUUGGGGAAACACUCAAGUACAUGUUCCUGCUGUUUUCAGAUGACAUAGACUUAAUCAACCUUGACAAAUUUGUAUUUAACACAGAAGCUCAUCCACUCCCAAUCUGGGUGCCGGCAUAGAUAGGGUGUCAGUAGACAUUCCAGUGGUGUUGUUUUUAUCUUCAAGUCACUUUAAUUUUCAGGGUUUGAGGAGAGAUGCUAUAUUGCACCUUUUUUAGGCUUAAACAAAACCUUUGAGAAAGCAUCUCUGGUUUGGAGAAGUCACAUCAGUCUUAUAUCUAAUCCCUGUGCUUUGGUUCUGUGAUGGACAAUCUGUGCAAUAUUAAGCUGCUUUUCCUGGUACUGAUGAUCAUGAGGUUUAGAGAAUAAUCAUAGUGUGGACCAUGACAUUCACGGGGCUCUGGUGAACCAGAACUCACUUAUGUCAGUCUUAAUAAAUGCUAAUUAAAUAUCAGGAAUGUAGCAAGAUGUCUUAAAGCACAGGGAUGUCUCUGGAGAGAAGGAAUAAGCCUUCAGGUUUAUUCUGGACAUACUGAAACACUUGGUUAUGGUGCCAUUCCUUCAUAAGAGCAUAUGGUGUUUCAGAUGUUAAGUGGAAUAAACGAUGAACCAUAAUUUCCGAGGUAGAAGUUAAAGCUGUCAGUAUUGUUACUGAUACUCUUGAUCUCAUUCCAAACUACCAGGCUAUGCUGCAUCACCUUAGAAGGAAGUGGCAGCAGAGCAACUGUUGUACAGUGUCUUAGUUUUAUAGAGCACUUUGAACAAUCUGUUCAAGCUGUGGCUGAAAUGAAUGAUGGAACAGAAUUUGCUGCUGAUUUGGCUCAAAGUGGUAUAUAAUUUUGUAGACGUUUUGCAGUUUUUUUAACUUAUCUGCAGGAAUGCAGGAGACAAUGUGAAACAAGUGAAACUACACAUGCAUUAUAUAUAUUAAUUGUAUCAGUUAGACCUCAGGUAUUCUGACUGAAAGCUGCUUUGUGAGGUUGGGCACUGGGAAAGCUUGUGAGCACAUUAGAUAUAAUUCCAAGUCAACCUCCUUCCAUGCCUUCCUGUCCACAUGUCCACAUCUUGCAUUGUAAGGUAUUUGUUGACUCAACAUGCUUACAACUAUACAGCAAAAUUCAGGUUAUUCAUCAUUGUUUAGACUGUAGAGAAGUUGUCAAUUUUUUUGUUGUUGUUAGGGGUUCCUUGGUAGACAUGUUUUCAUCAGAAGUAUUAAAAGCAGACAGUCUAGAUGUAUUAUGAGAAUUCCUGGUUGCAAUAGAAUUACUGAAGAUUUCUCAGUUCUUUGAAAAGAAAGCAGACUCAGGUUUGCUUUGUAUAGAAUCUUAUGGGAGCCUUGGGAUCUUUUGUUUUUAUAUGUGGAAAUAGGUUUUAAACCAUGAACUCGGAAAUCAGCUUUCUGUAGUUUUCUGCCUUUGGCUUUGUAUCUACUUGGACAGUUCCGUAUUCACAGAUCACAGAAAUUUGUUUGUAGUUUUAAAGAGGUUGUUCUCACCAAAAUGUCUUUUCCCCUUUUUAAUUAGUUAAUGGGAGCAGUGGGAAGUAUGCAGGCGUAUGGUAGUGGAAGUGAGGUACAGUAUCCUAUAAAUCUAGGGUUGCAAAACAGAACUAAUCUGAAUCUGAUUGUAAUGGUUAAUUUUCCAGUGGCCUAGGCAUAUGUGUAUUUUACAGCAUUUGUAACCAUUGACUGUUAAAGUAAGGUAUAUCUUUAUUUGUUUUAUGCUGAUUAAGUCUGUUUGCUCGAGUCUGAACUUACUAUAAGUGGUCCACACCACUGAAGUCCUUUAAAGAAUAUUUAUCAUUCCAUUUACUAAUGAUGACUUAUGGAGAUGAAGGAAUUUUAUAAAUUGCACCAUUUUCUGUCAUCAAAAAGACCCUGUGAUUUUUCUAGACAGGACAAUUUUGUGCAGAAUUACAAUGUUCCUCCAGUUCAAAUGCCAGCAGUAACCUUGGAAGUAAGUUUCUCAUGUAUACAAUGUAAUCCAGUAGCCUUAGCCUGCACAACCUAUUUGAUACUAAGAUUUUCUUUGAUGUAACAGAGAAGAAGGAAAUUGCUGUUGAAAUGGAGGAGGAAACACCUUCAGUUUUUUAGUUUGUGAAGCAGGUUUGUGUUACUUUGGAGCUCAGCUUUGGCUAAAAAAUGGAGGAUUAAAAUGAGGUAAAAGAAAAGGAAAAAAAGAUGAAUUCAGUGUGAGUACACAACCUCUUGUUCUAACUUGUGUUGCUUGGGCCUCGUGCCUUCAAUUGCAGCUAGUAUUGAUCCCGUAAUUGCUGAUUUUGCCAUGCAUCAUAAGAAUUCCAGACUUCGGUGUUUCACCUAUAGGAGAAGCCCUGUUGAGGGAAUGAAGAGAAGUCUGAAGAUGUGGAAUAUAUCUAGGUGUUCACUAAAAAUCUGUUGUUGAAGUUUUACGCUGAUCUUAAUGUAGUUGACUCUACGAAUGAGACUGUGGGAGUCUGUGUUAAAAUUUCCUUUUGUGUCAUGUUUAACAUGAGAGUAAUACUAAUCCAUUGCAGAAUGAGCAAAAGGAAGGAGAGAAGAAUAAACACACACUUUCCCAAACACGUUUUUUGUUUUCUAGCUGAGCUUGUUGGUCCAACUGAUUUCUUCUCUACCUAAUUCUUCCUCGGAAACUGAAUUGUCUUUGCAAAGUGUGAUUUUACUGUACUCAUCCUUCAAGUCUGAAGUUAGGAUUGCUCAGCUCUGUUUAGUAUAGAAAGCAAAUGCUUGUUUGACUCCUUUAUCACAUGUGAAAUGGCACAAACCUGAAUAAUAUGACAAAAGCUCAUCUGCUUCUUCCUGUUCUUUUGCAAAAGUCAUUUUAAUUGCUUAUUUAUUUUUACUUCCGUAAUAUAAUACGUUGUGUCA